GUGUCAGCUCCCGGAUGCAACGCGGAGCGUCACCUGGUUCGCCGGUGACGUCACACGCAGCUCUCACCUGCGUGGAUGGGAGCAGAGUUCCUCCUCAGGAAAGUCGGUCACUAAUUCAGUGUACCUCUCGAUCUCCCUACGGUCGACACAGAGCGAGACGCGCGACCACAGAGCCGCGAAUUUGACAGCAGCUAUACGUGCUGGUCCUGCAGGUCGGAUAGAACUCCGGUUUUCUCGCUUUUUUCGCGUUAAUCGUUUGUAUUGUUUAAAAAGUUGUUGUAGGAGGUAGAUUUGGGUGGUGUUUUAUUGUUUGUGUUUAAUUUGUUUUGUGUUUUUUUGUUGCGAGGAUAAGAGCUGGUAAAAUGAUCAUACACUGGCAGCUGGCGUUCGGAGUGUUGCUGGUCUUGUACAUAUCCUCGGCGAUCGGCAGGAAGGAAGCAAAAUCCACUUCCAAAUGUCCAAUGCUAACAGAAUGUCCAUAUAGGGCACAACAAUGUAGUGAAGACAAUGACUGCGCUGUUGACAGCGUAUGUUGCAAGAGUCCAUGUGGAAAAGUGUGCACCAAACAGUUGUUCACAGGUUGCGAGACGCUCAAAAACGCAGCAUCCAGAAGGGCCAAAUCUUUGGGAGUUGACGGCAAGUCUGUCAGAGCACCAAGAUGCAACAAAUCAGGUGGUUUUGAACCAAUCCAAUGUGACAAUGAAAUUGUAAGUUCCUGCUGGUGUGUGGAUGAAGCAGGAUUCGAACUGGCAGGAACCAGAGCUCCUGCAGUGGGUUUAGUCAACUGUACAGCACCAAAACCAUGCGCAGACCACACUUGCAGAAUGUUCUGUCCCCAUGGUUUCGCCUUGGACAAAGAUGGAUGCCCCUUAUGUAGGUGCAGAGACCCAUGUACAGACAUCAAAUGCCCAAAUGCUCUGGAAUGUCAACUUGAAGAUCUGGCCUGUGCUGAUCCACCAUGUCCACCUGUUCCAACUUGUAAGAAAGGUAGAAGCCUUGACAGUAUCUGUCCUGUUGGAGACCCCUUGAGGAUUAGCGAGACCGUCAGACCUUUCUUGUGUGGUAACGACCCUGGAAAACCAACCUGUCCGCCAAUGUACCAAUGUUUAGUACAGAAAGGAAAUGACUACGGAGUGUGCUGUCCAGCAUCCUUGAAAAUACAAAAAUCAGGAUCCUGUCCAUCAUCAGACGACAAUAAAACCGAGUGCGGUUUACCAUGUUCGCAUGACCUUGAAUGUCCUUCGAUUCAAAAAUGUUGCAACAAUGACAAAUGUGGUUCUUCUUGUAUACACCCUAAAAAUGUGACAGAAUGUACCCACCAACGUUCCUUAUCCGAAAUUCUAUCUGUCAGCGAGAGAGAAGGAAGGGGCUACGUUCCACAAUGUUCUCCAGAGGGUGAAUUCGAACCUAUGCAGUGCAGCAGGAAUGGACUAGUUUGUUGGUGCGUAGACAGACUUGGACGUAAGAUUAGAGGAUCGAUGGGACCCUCAGACAGCGUUACUUGUGACGUAUACGAUAGUAGUUUCGACACCAAGGCUAGAAGCCUGGACAAGAUGGAGAACAACUGCCAGAAGUUAGAGUGUGCCGCCAUCUGUGAAUACGGUUUCAAACUAGACGAGAACGGUUGUCAUACCUGCAAAUGCGACGAUCCUUGUGAUGGCUACUUGUGUCCUGAAGACGAAGAGUGUAUAAACGCUAAAGAUGCUACUUGUUCCGGUUUCCUCUGUCCUACCCUACCAGUUUGUCGACCAAAAGCAGUUUACGCCAACCCUUGUGAGCGUGGUACGCCACUGACGGACGAUAUGAGCGGAGCUCCAGUGGCGUGUGCUUUGAGAGACGAAGAUGGUACUGUUUGUCCAUCGAAUCAUGAGUGUAAGGCUGUAGUGGGUUCGACUCAGGCAGUGUGUUGUCCAAUGAAUUACGAAUUGGAAGCUGAGGCUUCUGAAGAUAUCAACAUACCGGAGAGUAGAACUCAGACCAUGUGCGAGUACUUGAGGGACUUCACCGAGACCAUGGAAGGCACAAGGGAGGGUAUGAACCUCGCUCUCCCAACCCCAAGCUGCGACGAAGAAGGCAACUUCCUCCCAACACAGUGCGACAAGAAGAACUGUUGGUGCGUGGACAACUUCGGUACAGAAAUACCCAAAACCAGGGGAAAAGAAAACGCUACCACCGACUGUACCAAACUGAGGGAAACCAAAGAAUGCUUGGACCUCACCUGCAGAAUGGGUUGCGAAUACGGCUUCAUCCUAUCUGAAGACACCGGUUGUCCUUUGUGUCAGUGCAGGGAUCCUUGUUAUGACGUACCAUGCGGUUCUGGAGAACAGUGCCAGUUGGUCGAAGUGAACUGCAAGGACCACUAUUGUCCACCUGUGCCAGCUUGCCUACCCAAAAAGCUCGGCCAAUGCCCCUACCUGGUACCAUCGAACUCCAUUUCCUGCGACUUCGCCUGCAACUCAGACUUGGCAUGCAACGGUACCUCCAAAUGUUGUUCCAACGGUUGCGGCACCCAGUGCGUAGAACCCCUGCAAUACACAGCUUGCCAACACCAGCGCAGCCUAGCCCAACACCAAGCCCACGAGUCUGGCACCCCUCUCAACAAGGUCCACAUCCCGUCCUGCAACACCGACGGCAGUUUCAACUCCAAACAAUGCAACCCCGCCACUGGCCAAUGCUGGUGCGUCGAUAGCAAUGGUUUCGAGCUAUCUGAAAGCCGUGGUAGCGAAGAUCUCGACUGCGAUACGACCAUAACGCCAUCUAGGUGCCCUCUGAGGAGAUGUGUGGAGAACUGCGAGCACGGGUAUAAGAUGGACAUUGAAGGGUGCAGAACUUGCCAAUGCGCUGAUCCUUGUGAUGAGGUUAAGUGUAGAGGGGAGGGAGAAACCUGUAGGUUGGUAGCUGUGGAGUGUGUAGGAUCUCCUUGUCCAGCAGUGCCUAUGUGUCUACCGAAAAAGGAGAACCCUUGCCAGUCUGGAGAGCCUUUGAGGUAUGGUGGGGAAGAUGAGGUUGUUUCUUGUGGGCCUGAAGAGGAGAGUUGUCCUUCUACGCAUAAGUGUCAAUUGAGUCCUAUUGGGGAGUAUGCUGUCUGUUGUCCAAAACCAAGAGAUAUUUGCUUCGAGCCUUUGGAUCAAGGUACUUGCCAAGGAGUUGAGUCUAGGAAUUUGACGAGGUACUACUUCAAUUCCAGGACCAACAAGUGCGAAACCUUCGUAUUUUCAGGAUGUCAUGGAAACCACAACAAUUUCUAUACCAAAGAAUUAUGCUCUCAAGUAUGUCCAGUAUUGAGCCAGUGCGAAAGAUUGAGGGAGAAGAACCAAAAAGCUGCAGAAAAGUAUAACAAACCAGCCUUCUUACCUAGAUGCGAGAGCAGCACAGGAAAUUGGGAGUCUGUACAGUGCCUCGAACACGUUGGAGUGUGCUGGUGUGUCACUCCACAAGGUAACCCUCUGAAAGGCACCUUGACUAGAGGAGCAGAACCAGACUGCAACUUCAGACAGGCCAGGAAUAGGGCGCAGAACAGGGCUGACUUUACUAGCGAUGCAGAUUUAGUUCUAGAAGAGCUGAUGAUGCAAAUGGGAUCCAUUAGUGAUAUUGAUGAACCAUCUGACUUGGACAGAGACGAGAGCAUCAACGAAGGCUUGAUAACUUCGAGGUGUGAAGAGCUGGGUGGUCAAUGCGACGCUAACAAGAAGUUCCUACCACAGCAGUGUGAAGAGGAUAUCUGUUGGUGCGUCGAUGAAGCUGGUAACCAGUUGCCUCAGACGAGUACCUUCAGAAGAGGAGAAAGAACUUGUGUUUUUUCGCCUGUGGAAAAGGUAGAGGUCACCUUGGGCUUCAGAGGCGAGUACGACGACAUUUCCUCAACGCCUGUAGUCAACAGGAUCAGCAAGAUUGUCAAAAACCUUGGCGGCGUCAUCAACGAUGAUGGAAUCGCUGCUGACAUCUCUUCGGACGCACUGUACAUCAGGUUCUCCCUGAUUGGAAGCAAAAAGAUCGAUAUCGCUUAUACUUUGGAGAAAAUGAUCAUGAAUCAACAUCUGCCCGAUUUGACAGCAGAUAUAACAAAAUCAAGAGUUACCCAUCACUUGCUAACACCCAGUAGUUCCUUGAGGGAUACCAUACUAGCCCUAGAAAACAGGGAAAUUGUAUCGCAGUCUCCUGUAUCUAUUGUGGCACCAUACCACACCGCUCUCAUAGUUGUUGCAGCGGCAUCAGCCUUUAUAAUAUCGAUAUUGACGCUAUUGGUCAUCCUAUAUCGAAGAAAAAUGAACAGUAUUAGCAACAACAAAGUUAUUGAAGACAACCGAUUCUUAUCAGCUACAAGACCAAUCUACAUCGAACUUCCAAGUGAGAAAUACAACACAGCGUCGUCUGAUAGCAGUAAAUCAAGUGCCUGAAUAAUAUUAGUUGUAGUCGUAUUUGUAUCAUUCAUUUGUAAUAUAUUUCCCUAUUAGUUGUAAGUUUUUUAUGUAUAGAAAAUAAGACUCUUCUAUGUGGAAUGAAUAGUUUUUCGAAAAUUGACCCGAAUGAAACGAAACGAUGUUUAUUUAUUCCACAUAGGAAAUGCAGAACGUAUUUAUGUACAAUAAAGAAAAAUUGAAAUAA